AUACCACCGAUCAAAAAUCUUAUACAAAAACUUAACGAAUGUCGCGAAGAAGAAAUACCAGGGAUAGUCGAGUCUGCUAUUGACUGGAGCUAUCCACGGGGAGAUCUCUUUCAUUGGAUCGGCGUUCUGAAUCGGUUUGAUACAAUGCUCGAAAAUAUCUGUAAAAAUUAUAAUUUGAAGAAGUUACAGACAUCAAAAUUCUCAGAGGGAGUUCGUAUCGUACUAGUUGCAAUAUUGAAAUUUUCGCGAGUAUUAUUGGAAAACUGCACGAAUAGAAAUUUGUACAGUUCUUAUGAGCAUCUCAAUGACUUGUUAUAUACAAGCGAUUUGGAUGUUUUAGAGGUUUUGUUGCGCUUGAUUCUUCGACCUGCUCAACGACUCAGUAAUCAGCGAGCACUUCGCACCAAUUUUACUAUUUCUCCUGAGCGCAUUUUAACUUUGGCUCACAGUUGGGGGACAAAAGAAUACGAUCUUGAAAUGGAGCAACUUGCAUCUGAUGAUGUAACUAUUCCAGAAGAGUUGACUACUUUAAAUUAUCAGUUUUACCGGCAUCUAACUCCAUCAGAAGCUGCUGAAACUACUGUGGACAAGAAAAGUGAUGUCAUUCCUUCUACUCAGUCUCAAAAAAAUCAAAGAAAAGAUAGUGCAUCAAGUUCGGGUGGAACCAAAACCGGAGAGGGUGUUACUUUAAUUUCUAUUAACAACGUUCGUCAACUGGGAGAAACAGACAUGAACAUUUUAAAUAAUGUUGUUCAGGAUUAUAAUAUUCCUGAAGAAUUUCACUUUGCCCUUCUGAAUCGAAUUCGAAUUGUCACCAGUAUUCCAUUGACUGAGGCCAGGCGAAGACUUUUAAUAAUAAGAUUACUUGCUGUUGCAAUUAUGGCUCAUGUUAUCCCCGAACACGUCGCCCAAUCAAAACUGUUCCUAUAUGAACCUGACAUUGUUGCAAACCUUGCAAAGCUAGUUCAUCCCGAUCGAAAUGUGCCAUUUGAUAUUCAGACCGUUGCACUUUACGCUUUGGAUGGAAUUAGUAGAUAUCGAUCGAAGCUUGGCGAAGUUUUAACAGCUAUAAAUGCCUCUGCAAAUCAUGGCAUCCUCCUUUAUGUCUUACGACGGGAAUAUUACGAUGCACUUUUUGCAUUAAUAUCUUACGUCAUUACUACACAAACCGGUGGUACGAUGGUUAUAUCUGCCGGAAUCGUUCCAACACUUUUACAGUUACUUAACAACAAGAAUUCACACCAAUUAAAAAAUGUCACAAAAGCAGUUGGUAUCUUGGAUAGCCUUGUCUAUGGGUUCAACACGUCGUUUACUUCAUUUUGUAAUGCGAACGGCGUUCGUAUAUUAGUCGAUAGAAUUAAGGAAGAAGUUGAUAAUGGCAUACAGCUUUCCAAGGAUGCUCGAGGUGACCAAAUGGAGGGUAUUACAAUUGCAAGCACGUCUACAUCUGCUGUUCCAUCUUCAGAAGUCGGAGAGAUUCCUCCUAACGUUAUUGAAAAUGAAGUCUCCCUUCCGUAUGAACGAGCGUCGUUGCUAAAAUCAAUGUUUAAAUUCGUUUUACAUAUGAUGCAAGCAUCUGGUACUGCAGAUGGCUUGCGCAAUCUUAUAGAUACUUCACUACCAGAUUCUUUAAAAAAAGUCUUUGAACAGCCAAAUCCUACUUCGCUUCCGAUUAUGCAAGAGGCUAAACUUCCGCAGACAUUUUUAAGCUCUAUUUCUAAAGAAAUCCCUGCUUCAGCUGAUGUAAUUCAAUCGAUUCCGAAUGCAUUUGGUGCUAUUUGCUUAAAUUCGCAAGGAAUUGAUAUUUUUAACGAGAUGAAUCCAAUAGACAAAUUCUUUACCAUUUUUACAUCAAACGAACAUCUACGAUCGCUUCAAGACGGAGAUGUUGCAUCAAGUUUGGGAAAUUCAAUCGAUGAACUGAUGCGACAUCAUCCAAGCUUAAAGCAAAGUAUCAUGAACGCAAUUAUGUCCACUCUUCAACGCAUUAUUGAGCUUGGUCAUAGCUCGUCAAUUAAAGACAAUACAAGUAUACUGCACGCUGGCAGUGAUGAUGACCAAGUCAUUCAUUCGGACAGUUUGGUAGGAGAGGAAUCAAUUGAUACAAAAAUGGUUGAUUCAGAAAGUCUCAAAUCGGAUGAUAAAAAAGAGAAUACAGUUGUAGCGUUCAUUGAAAUUGCGGCACGGGCAUGUAUUUUAUUUCAGUUUUUGGAAAGUCUAUUUCAAACACAAAAUCAUUGUAAAGAAUUUUUAAAACAGGAACAUGGACUCAACAUAAUUUUAAAGUUUUACGCGUUACCAGUUUUGCCUUAUGAAUUUGGUUGUUCCCAAGCAUCAUAUUCUCUCUCACAUUUAAUGAGAGUCAUUGCAGAUGUUGAUUCAAAAAGAAGCAUUUCUGCAAUUGUUGGUGCACUCAAUGAAACGCUUCAGGGAGCAACAAAUUUUCUGUCAUAUGAAGGAAAAGGAAUUCUCUCGGAAUAUGUUGAUUUAAAAGCAAAUGAUGUAACCAAAAUUGAAGAAGCAAAUAAUACAUUUAGGACCUUAAUAACUCUUCAUGGAUAUGUUGGAUUGCUUUCAGAUGUAUAUUGUACGCCAGUAUUUUCACACAGUAAAAGCGCAUCUUCAGUAAUUGAAGCGUUUAUUGGAAAUGACAAUGAUGUAUUACCAACUCUUGGAAAACUUCAUCGAGUUUGUGUUUGGGAAAAUGUUGUUUUGAAAUCUUCUGUUCCAAAGUCUUGGUAUAACCUCCCAUCAAAAACAAAGAAGCCUUCGCAUUUCCCUGAAUCAACGUCAAGUUUAACGUCAGUGUUAUUAGACGACACAGAUAAAGAGACUGCGGACUCAAAUGAACCACCAGUUGACCAAAAUGAUCGCAAAGUAAAAAACGCCAAAUGUUUAAAAUUUUUGGUCUCACAGAUUCCUUCUUGUCUUACUCCUUUAUUCCAGGGUUUAGCAAAAAUGUUAUUUAGUCGAAAGUCUCCUGAUGCUUCCCAAAAAAAGCAAGCUUUCAAAAUUUCAGACGCCAUUGCUGAAGUUCUCCGUGAUCAUUUAACUUGGCCUCGAUAUGGAAUUGAUAGCGAAACAGAUUCUACAAAUAAGUAUAGUUAUCUUACUAUUAUGCUUGGAUUAUUAUCUUUACUUUUCCUGGAUGAACGAAGUCAAGUUUCACUUCAAACAAUGCUUGUUGUUUCAUUUAAUCGUGUUGAAGGCUUACAGUUUUGGGAUGAGGCUGAAGGAAUUAAAGCCCUUGAAGAAUAUUCUACAAUUGAAGUUGAUGAUGGAUCUAAAGAAAAGCUUUCACGAAUUCAUGGAUGCAUUGAUGUUACCCUCAAUUUUUUCCAAUUUGUUGCAUCAUCUAAAUUAUUGCAUGAGUCACCUCAAACUGUACCGUUAAUUACUAAAGAUAGAGAUCCACGCAUUGAACCCUUCGAUUCUUUUGAUUUUCUCGUGACCGUUCGAGCAAAGAUUCUUCCUGUAACGAAUGAACUUUGGCAAAGUGCCUAUCUCCCAAGAGCUCCUCCAAAUAUUGUUCGAUCUGUUCUUCAAAACUUAGUUCAAAUUUUAAAGGCAGAUGGAGAAGUUAAUCAACGCCCUGAGGGAUCAGGAUCAUCAAGUGGAUUAACAGCACCUUCCUCUACACUAUUUGGUGCUACUAGAUCUUUGGUACCAGAUGAAGAACGAGUUCAGCAAUUGAUUGAUAUGGGCUUCUCGCGUUCGUCAGCCGAAACUGCACUAAUACGUUGUAACAAUCACGUUCAAACUGCUACAGACUAUCUGUUAACACAUCCUCAAACUAUUGCUGCCACAGUCUUUUCAGCGGCUCCAUCCUCUGAAGCUAGUCGAAAUCCGUCUGAUACCACCCCGAUAAGAGAUAAUGCUCCCACUGAUGCGGGAUCUACAAUUGACGUGACUGGUACAUCUGGAGAUGACGAUGACGACGUAUCUGAUAAUGAAGAAGAUGGUUCUAAUGAAUUGGCACAAGCACUUGCUUUAUCAAUGCAAGGAAAUCAAACCCCUGUAGAAGGUGCUACUGCGAGCGAGGGUUCAAUUCCUAUGGACACUGAAACCACGUCAACAAAACCCGACAAAGGUAAAGGGAAAGAAGUUGAUUAUAUAGAUAGUUUCAAAGCUCUUAGAGAAGAACUUAGGUCUACAUCGGCAUCCCGUGCAAUUGAACUUCUAGAUGAAGUUGAAGACAUUAUUUUUGAAGUGAAAGACUUAUUUGUACUUCUUAGCAAGGAUGAUGCUGAAAAGAACAUUGAAUUAAUAAUAAUAAGUAUUGAAUCAGCUCGCGGUCAUUCAGACGAACAGCGCAAAAAGGCACUUAAUUCUCGUUUGCGUCUUUUAGCUCUCUUAUUAAACGAGAAUAGUAUACAAAUAAAAAUUCCAAAUUUACCUUUCAAAAUAUUCCCCGAAAUGAUAUCUAUGAUUUCUGAAGAGGCAAGACUACCUUUAGAGAGUCCUUUACCUAAAUGGAUUGCACCUGCUUUACUAGUUAUUGAGGCUUUUAUAUCUUUAUCAGAAGAGCCAGUUAGUGUUGAAUUAGUAACAAAACCUGAGGAAUCAAAAGACAUUAAUGUUUCUUCUAAUGAGUUGAAUUUCCUUACGGAUCAGUUGCGAUUACAGCUUCUUGAAUAUUGUUUAUCGUUAUUGAGAAGAAAAGACUUAGAUAAAGAUAUUAUGAAUGCAUUACUUAGGAUAGUGGUUCGUCUUACUCGUCGUUAUUCUGACGCUGUUGAAUUUGUAAACAAGGAUGGUCUGAAUCUACUUUUUAAUGCAUUUAAGUCAAGGGCCCAUGACUUCCGCGGACAACAAGUAUUCAUUGUUAUGAUAUUACGGCACGCCCUUGAAGAUGCUUCAGCUUUAGAGUCAAUUAUUGAUAAAGAAAUAAAAAGCUGGUUCAAUAAUCCACGUCCACGGGGGGGUGACAUUAGUGCAUAUUUGCGAAACAACGCACAAUUUGCUUUACGAGCUCCAGAAAUAUUUAUUCGAUCCACUAAAAAACUUUGCAAAUUAUCGAGAUACGAUUCUAGUGGACGUAAUCAGCAAAUAAUGUUGAUUAAACCAGAGACUGAAGACACUAUUACCAUCACUGCUAAUGAUACAACUAUCAACGAAGACGAGAUGGCAGACGUAUUACCGGUACCAUCGACAUCUGUUUCACUUGGAUCUCCUAAAAAAAUUUCAUUCGGCUCUGAAACAGCUGAAAUCCUCGUUCAAUUUAUCGCAAAUGAGUUGGUCACAACGCGCUUGCAGGCUAAUCAGACAACUUUAGACCCAAAACAAUGUGAAACCAAUUCAAGUGACCGAAAUGAAAAUAUUAAUUCUUUUGUAACAACAACUUCUUCUACAAAUAGUACAAGUACUUCCCAAUCUACAUUCAAACCUGAAGAGCAUUUAGAUUAUUUGUAUCGAUGCUUUUUACUUCAAUGCUUGACUGAACUUUUAUCUUCAUACCCUUCAUGUAAAAUUGAAGUUGUGAACCUUUCGCGCCGCAGAAACAGUAUGGGAACCGGUACUCAAUCAAAAUCAAAGAUUUCUUUAUUAUAUUACCUCUUGAAUGAGUUAUUACCAUACGGUUGUAUAACACCGUCGACUGAUAUCGAAAUGCGAAAGCGUUAUGGACAAUCUAAAUGGACUACAUCUGCUCUUGUGGCGUUAUGUUCUAAUGUUAGCAGUGAAAUCGAUGAAAAAAAGCCUCAACCAGAAAUCAUACAAGUGCGAAAAUUUGUUUUGGAUUGUAUAAUUAAAUCAUUUAAAACAGCAAUUUCUUCAUCUGAUCCAAUUGAAACAAAAUACGGGAGACUAUUGUCUUUGGCGGAGUUAUGCUAUGCUAUAUUGAAUUCACGUACCGGUCCUAAUUCUACCGCCAAUAAACCAAUUGACGAUGGUCCUGCUAGUAUAGCUAAAAUAAUGUUGGAUAAAAACUUUGUAAAUACUUUAACAGAUGCACUUUCAGAGGUUGAUCUCAAUUAUCCUUCAGCGAGAAUUUUGAUAAAUGCAUUAUUAAAACCUUUUGAAUUUCUUACAAAAGUUGCUAUUAAAUUGGGUCAAUCACCUGAAACUCCAAACAAAGAACAGCAACGUCGUGAUA